AAGCUGUCACGCCAUCUGACAAAUUGUACAAUGUCCGACCUUUUCCGGGACUUUUCCCAAAUUUUUUUUUCUUCAAUUGAAAGUUAAUUUGGGAACAGGCAAGUCGGCAAAUAGCAAAAGAAGAAUCAAACAAAGGUGUUGUCAAGAAGUCUGCCAGCUAUUUCAUCACAAUAUAAACAAGAAUAUGGGAUGCGGAUCUUCGUCGAGUCGCCACAGAGAUAAAUUUAAGGCCUCUGUAUUUCCACUCACUACGGCUCAAAAGUACCUGGUACGCGAGACCUGGGAAACAAUCGAAAUCCAUAAGAGUUCUGUUGGGAAGAAGACUUUUAUCAAAUUCUUUGAAAAUAAUCCUGAAUAUCAGCGACUUUUUCCGGAAUUUAAAGAUGUACCUCCCUCUGAGCUCGCAAAGACAAAUGCCUUAUAUGGUCAUGCGAAAAGAGUGAUGAAAGCGGUAGAGAAUGCCGUCUCUGCAUUGGAUGAUUCUGAGAGUUUUAGCGCGUAUUUGGAAGAAUUAGGACGCAGACAUAAAACACGUUUCUUGAAACCAACAUAUCUUGACUCUAUGCAGGAGGCCCUGAUGUUUGUUCUUAAAGAUCUUCUCAAGUCUAGUUGGACUGAGGAAACUGCAGAUGCCUGGAACAAGUUAUUCCAGUUCAUCACAGAACACAUGGUUUACGGCUUGCAGUCGUGAUACACAAGAAACAGUUACAGAGAGACAGAACUCUUAUUUCCCCUCAAAGGCAAUGACCAUCUAGUUUAGAAGCAGGUGGGGUAGGAUACUAAAACUGCGAACUCCGAAGCAAGAGGAAAGCUUUAUGACAAAGAAAAAAAUAUUCUCGAGCCUAGUUUUCCCGCGGCCUAAAGUUGGAAUACAAAGCAUACGGUCUGGGUUCGAGUUAAGUGAAAGCAUAUCAAUUAGACACAAAAUCGUAGACAUUAUAUUUGAAGCACAGAAUAAUUGCACAAACCUCUCCUCUUUGUCUUCUUUGAAUAAGAUUAUGGCUCUUACUAUGAUGAAAUUACAAAGGAGCCAGUCUGACAGUCGCUGGUAUAUUGAAAACUUUUGCUAGUCAAAGUUUCAAGCACGAAAUAUUUAUCGUCAUGUUAACUAAGCAAAGAUUUCUGUAAAACUAGCCAAAUGAGUCACCUUCAGAGGGAAAAUUAACCAACUUUUCCCCGUGCACACCUCAUGAACGUCAACUAAAGCUACAUUUAAGGUCAAUGAGAAAUUUUAAAAGAAAAUGCGAAAACUUAUUUCCAUCAAGUUCUAAGCAUAAAUGCUAGUUUCUUGAAGCCGUUUCUAACACAAACGGAUUGCGUGGUAGGUUAGGGUUGAACUGCCCAGAGGUAGCAUUUGUAGCCACUACGAAUGUCAUGCAUUGAACUUGAAUUGUCGCUUAGUCCUAAUCGCAAGGUGACACGUGAAUAACAGAUCGUCUUCUCAAGGUGAGCUCUUCGCGGUUUUUGUCUGUUUAAACAAAAAUUUCAAGGAAACCUUCUCACUUUCAGGUGUACUAGAGUGUCUUCUUCCCCGUAAAUUUAUUUGAUUUUGCGAUUCUGACAUCAUUUCAGCUUAACACUUAUUCAAAAAUUGUCUGUACGACAACACGAGCUACAAUGCUUUAUUUUGUGCUUUGUGUUUCCCGCCAAAACACGUCGGCUUCCACUUAUUUUUCCGCGCUUUUGGCUGGCCGACCGGUGUUAUUCGAGCAAUCGUCUUUGGAUGCCGUAUAUUGGCUUCAAGUCAGGCCUAAAUAACUUUAUGACAUAACGUAAGCAAAUAUUUACUCAUGGUUGUUCAGAAUCUUAUCAUAAUCAAAUAUGAGUAAAAUAAUUCAUUAUAAUAACAAAAGUAUUUGUAGAUGACAUAUCUCUGUAUUGUAUUAUACACUAGUGCAAAAACGAAAUGUAAAUAACAAUUUUCUACGGACUAAAAGUGCCAAACGCUCA